AUGAUGUCAUUUCUCUGCAUUAACAGAAAAUGUUGGAGAGUCCCAAUGUUGUUGAGAGGAAUGUUGAACCAGGAAGGAUUCAGGUUUAGAUCACUUGCUGCUUCAUGCUCUCUCUAUGGGAAAAAGAAAACAACCAUCCGGUAUGAAAACAUUGACCAAGAAAAAUACAGAGAUUUGAUCAAUUACCUCACAUCCUACAAAGACAGUUCUCAAAGACCUGAAUUGGUAUUUGAAGAAGGUAACAUGCUAAAUGGACCAGAAAGGAAAUAUAAGAACUCAGACCAGGAGGAUGAACCAAAAGUUUGUAGGAACUGGAGUCCUCUAAUGAAUCCCAACAAGAGCUCUUUGCCUCAAGAAACUGCUCCGGGACCGCCUUUGCAAAUCAGUUUGCAAAGGAAAAACUUGGCUAGUGUGACAGCUGUUCUACAACAGACCAUGCCUGUGGAGCAAGCUUUUUAUCUGGAGAAGUGGAAACAGCGGAUGAUUCUAGAACUUGGGAUAGAGGGUUUUGCCGAAUACACUAAAAGUAAGCAAUGACUAAAUGCAUAUAUAUAUUUAGGAACAUCCUAGGGUGGGUUGAUUGAAAUCACCAGGGGGAAAAGGGGUGAAUUAAUCAAUGAUUCCAUGUUCUGAGUUUAGUAAGAAUCAGCAAUGCAAUUUAGUAAAAAUCACCACUGCCUUUUCCCUACCCCUCUGCUGCUGGAGGCCUUGACUGCUUUUACUAAUGCACACAUCAGUAAGUUUAGUCUGUUAGUCAAAUCAGUGUCAGAAAUUUUGCUCAACACCAACUCUAUUUUCUUUCUGUGCUUUGCUAUCAAAGCUGUGAGCUCUUCCUACCUGGAUAAAGUGUAGUUGUUUCAAGACAGCACUUCACACACAUCCCCUUCCCUCCCCUUUUCCAUGUGCAAGCCCAUCUGUUUGACCCCCAUCCUAACAGCAUAAAUAUAACACACCCAGAAGGGUUUCUGCUGUUGUUGCAAGAACUUUACAUUAAGGUCACAUAGGACAGAUGCAGCUUAAAAACCUUUUCAGCCGCAGAUACUGCAUCAGCUACAAGCUAAACAAGGGAUGAAAUUUAAGGGUCACAGCAUGCUCACAAAUUUGGUUCAUUCACCAUCUAAAAUCAGCCAAGCAUGCAGCUGUCGCAAAGUGAUUGUUCAAAGAAGUUUGCAACUCCAGCUUAAGCUGCAGCUGUGACUCAGCUUAGGUGGAGUGGAGUUCAGUAGCAAAAGGAGUCCAGUUAGUAGGCAGAGUUUCCAGCAAUGUCAGCUUCAGGAAAAGCACCAGUGAGAGGAGCUGGGAACGGAGAGUGGCUUUAUUUUCAAGCCACCCUUGUCUAGCACCUUUGUUGUUUGACAAGUGAUUUGGGUGGGUUGACACAGCAGACUACAGGUGUCUGUUUUCACUUGUAACACUAAGUCAUAGUUAAUGUCAGUAAGCCAGCAACAAACCAUGGCUUAUUUUCAUGAACAAGCCAUCAUUAGCAAACCAUAGGUAAGGGACAUACUGUGCAACCCAGGUAAAAAGGCACCCAUUAUAGACUUUAUUAGUUUUAAGCAGCUGACUGGCUCAGUAGAAAUUGGUGCAGGUUGGAACCAUUAUUGGUGAAGGAGCAUCCUUCACCACAUUGGUGAAGGAGCGUCUCCACCCCCAUCGUUCAGCCCGGACACUGAGAUCCAGCGCCGAGGGCCUUCUGGCGGUUCCCUCAUUGCAAGAAGUAAGGUUACCGGGAACCAGGCAGAGGGCCUUCUCGGUAGUGGCGCCUGCCCUGUGGAACGCCCUCCCAGCAGAUGUCAAAGCAAUAAACAACUAUUUUACUUUUAAAAGAGAACUGAAGGCAGCCCUCUUUAGGGAAGUUUUUAAUGUCUGAUGCUGUACUGUUUUUAAUAUUCAGUUGGAAGCUGCCCAGAGUGGCUGGGGAAACCCAGCCAGAUGGGCAGGGUAUAAAUAAUAAAUUAUUAUUAUUAUUAUUAUUAUUAUUAUUAUUAUUAUUAUUACUAUGAAUCAGGUCAUUAUUGGCACUGGAAUGCUGUGGUUGCUUAGGCUGUUUACAGAUUAUUGAGGGUCAGGUGCCAUGGGUCUUGGGUUAUGAAGCACUUUCCCUACGAGUUCUAAUUUAACAAGAUGUUAAGUGAGAGUCCUUGAAUGUGCAUAUACUGCCCUUCUCUUGACACCCCAAAUUGUCUUCCCCAGUUUUUGUUUUUAUUACUUUCGUACUUUGUAUAGUGGACAAACUCAAAAGCCAUCAAAAUAUACAGUAGAUGACUAUGAACAAGAUACUGUUCAGUCAAAGCAGUUCAUACAGUGAUCUGCAAGUCAUAAAAUUCUGAGUAAUCAGGUUAUGAAAUAAAGUAAUGUUCAAUUUAUGUGUGAAAUGGUCCGCAGCAUUAACCUUGCAAAGCCAAAGUUUGAUUAAGUACUCAGUAUAAUUAUUUUUUCUUGUUUUGCAGAUAUCUUUCAACAAGGUAAAUUAUUCCAUGCAGCCAUGGAAACUUUACUUUUAGCUGAAGAAAUCUCUGUGGAGCAGGAAGAAGACACCAAUGUAUCUGGCUACAUAAAAAGUGUGCAGCAUGUGCUGCAACAUGUUACUGGAGUGAGAGUCCUUGAAAGUGCGGUACAGCAUGAGACCCUUCAUUACCAAGGCCUAGUGGAUUGUGUGGCAGAAUAUCGGUGAGUGGCCAACUUUGCAUAAUACUGUACGUGAACGCUCCAAACCAUGUUAAAUGCUUUAAAGUCAUGUUGACUUAGGCAUAUGCUUUGCUUUCCCAGUGAAACGAAUGGGACAAAAGUGUCUAACCUCAGGUGCCUUGUGCCCUGAAUGUUUAAAACUAUCUAGAUUUAUACCUGCCCCAUGCUGCAAACUGAGACACAGGAGUCCGCAUCCCAUUCAUCCUCUCCCAAACUCUGGGAGUUGAGUCAAGAGUGAAGCCAAGGUAGCUUGCCCAAAGUGACUCAAUUAGGUCAUCCUUUUCCCUAAUAAUAAAUUGGGUGGCUUUGUACUUACUAGACCAGCAAAACAGGCCACUCAGAGGAAAAGUGUAGGGGGAUUCUGCAUAGUUAUUGCCACCUUGCUUUUGUACCACCUUUGCAUAUAUUUAUUUCAUGCAUUAAAUGGUUUGUGCUUUUUAAAAAUGGUAUAAUAGCCAAGUAAAGUAGUACCUCUAGUUACCAACUUAAUUCGUUCUGGAGGUCCGUUCUAAACCUGAAACUGUUCUUAACUAGAGGCAUGUUUUCACUAACGGGGCCUCUUGCUGCUGCUGCGCUGCCGGCACAUGAUUUCCGUUCUCAUCCUGGGGCAAAGUUCUCAACUCGAGGUAACUCUUCCAGGUUAGCGCAGGUUGUAACCUGAGGCGUUUGUAACUCGAGGUACCACUGUAGUAGAUUGAUAGAUUUUACAUUUUUAAAUUUUACUGCUGUAAAGCUACCUUGUAUUUGCUGCCAUGGCAGCAAAGCUGCAGUACAAGCACCUUAAAAAAAAAAAAUGAUUAAAAUGCACAGAAAACAAAUACAUUAAAUCUGAUUUCUCUUAAGAUUGUGUACAAGCACUCCUCAGGGGUACCUUGUCCACAGUUCUUCACUCUUGAAGGACCCACCAUUCCUUAGUCCCUUCAACAGAUGAAGGAACUAUCAGGAGAAGAGGCUCCAGAGAGCUUUGGCACAUCUAAAUUGCCACCUCUGUUGAAGUAACAAAACAGAAGGAGCUGCCUCUGCCUUAGGCAGCUGAGUGGCUUCCACAAGCUCUGCAGCCUGACAUCAGCACAAGUCCCCACUCUUCACAUGGGCCCUGGGAUGGGCUCUCUCUCAUGUUGUGCUGAUUUUAGAAGCACUUGUGUCAGCAGUGAGUAACUUCGCUGAUGAAUUUAUACAACUGGAAGCAGCCUCAUCUUACUGGAGCUGGAGAAGAGGGGUUGUCCAACAGGGAGCCUCUUGCUCAGUGUGGUGUUGGACAAGCCCUCACCCCCCUCCCUCAGCGAGGAGGGUCUGUAACAAGCACAAGCAUUUUGGCUGACCGAUUCACAACUGUGUUUUCUUUUUACGCUUGGGCACACAGAGGGAAAUUAUGUGCAAUUGAAUGGAAGACAUCAGGGAAAGCGAAACCAUUUCUUCGGAAUACGUUUGACAAUCCACUCCAGGUUGCAGCGUACAUAGGAGCCAUUAACCAUGAUGGCAAUUACAACUUUCAGGUCAGUAAUCUGGGCAGCAGCUGAGUAGCAUGACAAUUCAAAUAAGUUUUUGCACUUGCUGCCUCUUAUUUCCACAUGCUCAUUCUGGAGGUGAAACUGUUUUAUCCUAUGACAUUCCAGAAAAAUAAGGACAGUGAAGGGUGGGGCAGGGGAAAAGAUGUUGUUCCUAUACCUUGGGUGAGCUGGGGCAAGUAGCUUGUUUGCUUAGUUUCUGUGAUGGCCAUGGGGUAAGAGAGGCCUCUUCCUGCCCUCCUCCAGAAGGAAACCAGGUAAGUUGCCUGAGUAAGGACUGAGCUAAUAGAAAAAGCUUCCUCCACCCACAGAGUGCUCCACCACUCACUUGCCCAAUCCACACUGUAGUGUUAGCUCUAUGUGCAUGUCUAGCAAAUUCAUACUGUAGAAAGAGUCGAAGACUAAGUCUAGAACAAAAAAGUCACUUUGCUGAGCAUUUCGCUUGCAUAACUUCUGCUGAACUUGCUUUGUUCCUCAGGUUGACUGUGGCCUCCUUGUGGUCGCCUACAAAGAUGGUUCUCCUGCACACGCACAUUACAUAGACUCUGAGCUAUGCUGUCAGUACUGGAACAAGUGGCUGCUUCGCCUGGAGGAAUAUAAAGAGAAAGACUUUGGAAUUGCGUGA